GUGCUAUUGAUGGUUCUCAUAUCCGAAUUGAUCGACCAUUACAAAAUUCUGAUUCAUAUGUUAACCGAAAACAUUAUUUUUCAUUACAUGUUCAGGGAAUUGUAAAUCAUAAAAUGAAAUUCAUGGAUAUUUUCAUAGGAUAUCCGGGCUCAGUGCAUGACGCACGGGUAUUUUGAAAUUCACCAAUUCGCAACGAUUCCGAACUUUGUGAAGAUAAUUAUUUUUUAUUGGGUGAUAGUGCAUAUCACCUGUUUGAAACACCCUGUUUGAAACAACUAAUUGUACCAUACAGGGAUAAUGGACAUAUGACACAUGCACAAAGAACUUUCAAUCGCAAAUUAAGUUCUUCACGAGUGAUUAUUGAAAACGCAUUUGGAUGUCUAAAACAGCGUUUUCGACAGUUAUAUCACUUUAAGUUAAGAAACAUAGUGCGAAUGGUACAGGUCAUACACGCCUGUUGCGUGCUACAUAAUAUUGCAGAUAUUAAUGAUUUACAAUAUUUAGAAGAACAAAUAAAUGAUGAAUAUCCUGAUAUUGAAGUUGUAAACCGCAACGUGGAAGUGAAUGAUGCACCUAGAGAAGUAGAGAAUGAAAUAGAUCGUCGUGAGCAAUUAUGUCGUUUAAUUUGUGCAGAAUAAUAUGACAUAGGAAAUCGAAUAAUAAUAAACAAUAUUUAAAAAA